ACUGUGCAUGCUGAUAAUCUAUUUAUGUGACUUGUGAAAGUGAGUCUCUAGGUCUGCCUUCUAAUCGCUCGGGCCUAAUGGGUGGAACAGGUCUCUACCCUGCACGGAAUCAAAGAUGAAGGACACCUUUUUGCCAGAGGACGUGACCCUCAAAUGAAGGGGAUGGUUCAGUAAUCAAUGAUGGGGAACAGAACCAACUGCAUCCAGAUCAAACUAUCACUCCAAGCUCUCCUCAAAGGCGAUUGGAUGGUACUUGACCGGUUUUGUUCCCCCCGGGGAAUCGGAGUGGACGCUUCUGGCAAGUUACUGGUGACAGACUACACAGAAGGCAAAGUUCAUAGCUUUGCGGUGGACCACGCUUUCAAGAUGCAGAGCCCUCACUCUGUAUCUGACCUGCGUGGGCCCCGUUAUGUGUGUGGGGCCCCAGAAGGUGGAUUUGUGGUCAGCGAGGAGUGUGGCGAUGUCAAACUGUUCAGUAAUAGCCACAAACUUCUCGUUUCCAUCAGCGACAAAUUUGGCCAUACCUUUGGCAACCCUGCAGGAGUGUGUGCUGACAGAGAGGGCAACGUCAUUGUGGUGGACGAGCAGCAUCGGAAAAUUCACUUGUUUCCCCAAAGUGGGUCUCCCAUUUGCUUGGUGUCUAAAGGUCUGCAAAGACCAACAGGAAUAGCUUGUUCCACUCAGGGGUUGCUGUAUGUUGCCGACUCUGGAGAAGAUAACAUCAAAGUCUUUAAGUAUCGGGUGAGACCCCCUUUCAAUACAGACAUUCUUUCUGCAUCCAGUGAUAGUCCAAACCUAACUCCUAGAUAGAGGGCAGAGUAGGAUUCUCCAUCAUUCCGCAGUGGCAUUUUAUGUAGUUUGCCAUGAGAACUUACUGCAGGGGCGCAGGGAGGGUAUAUUGUAUAUUGUUUAUUGUAUAUUGUUCUGGUGAAGAAAGGGGCUUGCUAUAGGUGACUAAAUUCAAGCCGAAAAAGAAAUAAAGAAAAUAAAGGAGCCAAACCUCUAACAUAAACUGAACCUCUACCAUAAGCUGAGUAAAAGGUUUGCUGGCCAUAAUGAACAACAUUUCAGCACGAACUCAUGACUCAGACCUUGAACUGUCAAGGCCGGUUUUGUCUAAGCCUGGCAGUAGCUCUGCAGGGUAUCAGCAACAAGUCUUUCAUAUCACGUACUACCAGAUACUUUGAGGUGGAGAUGCCCAAGAUUAUAACCAGGAAUCUUCUGCACACCAAGAAAAUGCUUUACCGUUGAGCCAAAUCCCCGCCCCAAAGAUACUAUGAAAGCAAAUGUGCUUGGGCAAUAUGUCUUUUUCCAGGCGACGUGUUUCAAGGAAAGGAUGCUGAGAGCUCAGCUUCUUACAUGUGUUUACUUGUUGAAGCUGACACACGAAGAUUUGGUUCAUACAUGGAGCAGAGUAAGAGUAGAGACCCCACAGUGCUAGAACAGCCUGCACCCUCGAAUUCACUGGGACAUACUUCCCAAUAAAUAUGCGUCCACACUGAACUUCACUUUUGUGGGUUCUUGCACAAGGGGAAACAUGUUGUCUCAAACUGAUGAGGUUGAGCAGUAGAAUGUUACAACCUACUUCUUCAGCCAAGGAAAAGGAAAUGGUAUUCAAAUGUAUGUUUCUAUUGCUAGACACUAUUGAGAAUUAUCUAAUACCUGAAUCACAUGUACAGUAUGUUCUAAAAGAUUUAAAUGCAAUAA